UCUGCCAAGGCCCAUCAGUCUCCUCAUGAAACCACAAUUAAAUUAACCAGAUUGGUACUUAUAAUUAGAUCUGUACCAAAUUCCAAAAAAUAUUCUCUGAGAAAUCAAGGAAAAGUUAGAAAAUCACCCUAUUUUGCCAUGUUAAACAAAGUGGGGAAAAAAAUCCUGGAUCAGCUCCCUGAUCCGGAUCCGAAAGGAAUUUUAAUAGAUUCAUGCUUGUGUUAUUCCCCAUCCCUCUGCAAAAUUCUAUUGAAAUCUGUUUGGGUUGUUUUUGUGUAAUCCUGCAAACAAACACAAAUGAAAACAUAACCUCCUUGAUGGAGGAACAUAGUAAACAAAGUGAUAACACUGCAAAUCUUCUCACUGUGAUUUCUGCUCCACUAAAAAGGAUGAACUUAACACAGUGAUUGCACAGCGGCCGUCGUCUGUUCAGUAACGACACACAUUGAAAUGAUUUUAUAAGGUACAUGUGUGCUACUCAUUUAUGUGUGUCUCUCCUUAAAGAAUGUUAACAGCAGUAUAAAGCUUGAUAAGGCCUGAUAAGGCAUCUUGCAUCAAGUAAAAAUCCCACUUCACAGCUGAAAGUCUGUAUUUUAACCUCGGCCGUUGUUUCUUUUCGAUGCAAAGAAACUGAACACAUUGUUUCGCCCUGAUGCUGUAAUGUUAUAAAUAAUUAAUGGUUGUACGUGUAUUGUUUUCAACAAUAAAGGGCUGCAACUAAUGUUUGUGCAACCGUCAUCUACCCAUCAUAUAACCUUCCAUCUAUUUUCUCUAAUUACUUUGACUGUACAAUGUCAGAAAACUCCCUCCAAGCUUUUCCAAAAUCGAAUUUUGAUGUUUUCUAAAUAUCACUUUUUUCGGUGAAAAGUCCACAUGAGACAAAUCAGGGAGUCCUUUCAAUUUCGAAGCUGGAAGUAGGUGUAAUGUUUGAUAAUUUUACGAAUUUUAAAUCUUGUAGUAGGAGUAUGAAGUGUCCCCCGUGGAUUUCCUGAUGUUGGUACAAUAAUUACGCCUUCAGGAAAUCUAGAUAAGCAGCUCGUUUUUCAUUUUUAGUAUAUAUGUAUUUUCUAUCUAAACAGAUUGGUGUGUAGUUGCCCAGAGGAUAACAUUUCUAGGGAGCCCCACUGUUAAAGACCCUCCCACACACAUGCACAGUCCCCCUAAGGGCUACGCACUGGCCAUGUAAAUUUAAUAACAUGGCCCAGAGCUGUCUGGGACACCUGGGGUUAUCGCAUUAGGCCGACAGCCCGGAGAGGAGCUUGCAGCACCCUGGAACUAAAGGGCCAGUGUUCUCCCCCCUCAGCCCCACCCUUAUCUGUUGUCGUCCCCGGCAACAGGGGCUCACUUCAGUGUAAGCCCUCAGUGAAUGAAGUCGCCCAGUCGAAGGGUGGAGAUCUGGUGUGGAUAAAUCUAAUUAGACUGGAAUGCCUGUCUCUUCACAGCCUUCUGAAGGUCACCUCAUGUCUGAGGAGGUGCACCUCCGCCUUAUCCUGGUCAGCGGCAAAACGCAAGACUUCACUUUCUCCCCAAAUGACUCGGCCACAGACAUCGCCAAACACGUAUUUGACAACUGGCCUGCAGGAUGGGAGGAGGAGAGGGUGAGCAGCCCCAGUAUACUGCGCCUCAUCUUCCAGGGACGCUUCCUUCAUGGCAACGUUACCCUGGGAGCUCUAAAACUGCCACCUGGCCGAACGACUGUCAUGCACUUGGUUGCCAGGGAGACUCUUCCAGAGCCCAACUCUCAUGGUCAAAGGAACAGAGAAAAAACCACAGAGAGCAACUGCUGCCUCCUCUUGUAAAGCAACAGAGAACGACCCCCUCCCUUCUACCCAGGCCUCACAUAUAACUGACGAACAUAACACACACAUAUAAACAUGCGUACACUCUGCUCUCUCCUACCUGUCAUCCAAUCAGCUGUGGACCUGGAGUAAAUCGCAGGAAGUCUGGUCGGGGGGGCCAUUACCCUCUUUGGUUGAACUCUUGUCCAAUCUGAGGCUUUUUUUUGUGCCAAUAUAUUCACUGUUCCCCCUCCCCCCACAACGUUUACUUUAUCUGCAGAGUUUUGCUGUAGUUUCUCCUUUUUAUUUGAAGAUCGUGACAUAAAACAAUACCUUUGCUGCUGGACAAGUUUUAAAGAGCUGUCAUACGUUGUGAAUAAGACCCAGGAACUCAUCACUCUUCAUGGACACUGACGUGCUAUAAAGGAUGUGUGGGCUUUAACCCUUCCCUACUAGUCACAUGGAUGUUUCCCCAGGUCUUUACUCGAUGGUGUUAACCCUCUCAUUGCACUUAACCAGUUUGUUAACUCCGAAGUGUUUAUUGUGUCGUCCUCUCCUCCCUCAUGACAUUUCUUCUUUUGAUGAACAGACCUCAGUUCCCCAGGUGGUAGAAAACGUGCCAUCCUCCUCAUAGACUGUCUCCGCCUCUUAUUAACUAAACCGUUAGGUCUGUAUCAGCACCAGUGGCGUUUGUGCCAUCACCCACAUCCUGUUUGUUCCUGGCAACGGACCAAUGGAGAAAAGACUUUCAUUAGCAGCGUAAACACCUGAGGGAUGUACAGGUCCACGAGGAGCAGGAACAGACUCCCAGCGCGGCCCCUCAGUGGAGGCUGAGGAUUUGCUCGUGUGCCAUCUGGUGUCGUGUUCGCACUUUUGCCAGUGACUUUUACUGACUAGACCUUCAGCGUUCCCCUUGCGAAGGGAGCCGACACGGUGGGCCACGUAAAUGCAGAAGGAAGAAGACGGGUGGAGACGGGAGGGAGGCGUGUGGUCGGUGUGAGACCCUCCUCUACUGGACACUGAAAACAAGGCAGGGGGAAAGAUUUCUCCCACUCAGGCGUAAGAGUAAAAAGGAAAUUUUUGGUGGUGUUUCACCUCCUUUCAUUUGGAUGCUGUCUUUACUUCUUGUUUGCCUUUUAUUGUGGAAUUCAGUAAUAUCAUUAAUAUUGAAAUUUAAAUAUAUCAAUUUUUAUCUUGUGUAUAGGUAUUUGUUGAAUUUUAGUGUGGGUGAGUUUGUGCGUGCGUGUGUGUGAGUGAGUGAGAGUCUGAGGGUGUGUGAUGCACGUGGCAUACUGUUUGAAGACUAGCGAGGGCAUGUGGUCUUAAAGAGGUGGUGCACUGGGAGUGUUGAUGGGCUGCGGUUUCUUCAGAAACAGUUGGAAACCUUUUGAUUCCUUCCAUUGAGUGUCCUUUGGUUUGUGUUUUUGUCAAUCAAUGUCACUGCUAUGAAGUUUAGCUCAGUAUGAAUAAAUGUAAAAACUAAAAUGCAAUGUGGUCUACAUAAAAGCUUGUAUUAUAAAUUAAUAAAUCUUUAAAUAAGG